CUCUGGAAGGAAGGGGUCUAUCAUCGAGAUGUUAGCGCUGGAAACAUGAUGUGGUACGUGGAAGACAGCAAGCUGAAAGGCGUCUUAAACGACUACGAUCUAUCCCCGCUGGUGAAUGACCCUGGUCCUUGGGGCAACGAACGCACGGGCACGGUGCCGUUCAUGGCACUCGACCUUCUUAACCCAGAGAGUCAACAAGGCGGAGUCAAACAGUCGUUUGUGUAG